AUGCCAAAGCGGCUUGCGUGCCUAAAGUCACACUUUGAGCACGAUCAAGAGCUGCUCUCGGGCCAGCAGGCGGUCCUUGAGGCGCCCGAUGCAACUGCUGCCGAGUGUGCCGCUCGAGUGCUCCAGCCGUUUAUAGUCGGCUCCUACAACCGCCUUGGCGAGCUGCUCGAAGAUUGCGCUCUCAGCGACAACGACCCUGCACGGGAGGCGGCCAUCCUCUUCUAUCGGCGCUGCCUCACGCUAAGCCAGCACUGGGAGUUGCAUCACCAGUGUCGUGUUGCUAUGUGCAAUCUCGGUGUCGCGCUCAAGCGAGCUGGUUUGUUGCGCGCUGCGCUGAAGAUGUACAACGCGGCUGCGGGCGCGCUCUAG